GUGUGUGCGUGUGAGUGGAUGUGUCUGGCAACGAACUAUCGCCCGUUUUUUUAUACACGACUCCGACGAAAAUCGAGCUUGAAAUCCCGUUUCCAUGGAUAGUCUUACUAUGGAUAUUGAGGACGACGACAUCAUCAUGCCCUCCAAUCCGCAGCCAUCACUAAGCCAUCAUGGAAAUAUCGAAGCUGAUGAUGCCCUGACCGAUUCGGACUCCGCCUUCCAGGGCUCAAUCGGUGACGAGAGUUAUACUUCGUCCAUCUCAGACAGUGUGAGAAACUACAAAUAUGAAAAUGGGCGAAGGUAUCAUGCCUUCAAAGAAGGUGCCCAUUUCUUGCCCAACGACGAGAAUGAACAGGCCCGGAUGGAUCUUGCUCAUCACAUUUAUCUCAUGCUCACCGGCGGCAAACUAGCUAUGGCUCCAAUUCACAACCCACAGCGCGUUCUCGACCUCGGCACUGGAACAGGAAUAUGGGCAAUCGAUUUUGCAGAUGAACAUCCAAAUGCUUUCGUCCUAGGCAAUGAUUUAAGUCCCAUCCAACCAUCAUGGGUCCCUCCAAACCUCCAAUUUGAGGUUGACGACUUCGAAAGUGACUGGUCAUACUCCCAAAAAUUCGACUUCAUCCACGGCCGAGAGAUGGAAGGCAUGGUCAAAGACUUUGACCGUCUAUUCCAGCAAACAUACAAAAACCUAGUUCCAGGGGGAUGGGCCGAGUUCCAGAGCAUCGAGCUCAACUGCUUCUGUGAUGACGACUCGCGAAAAAAGGCCACCGCAUGGGUGACAUGGUCUGAGAACUUGCACAAAGCUGCUCGUACUUUUGGAAAGAAUAUGCGCACCGUCCGCACAUGGCCCGACAGGCUGAAGCAGGCCGGCUUCCAGAAUGUCCAGACUGUCGCAUUCCCGAUCCCUUUCAACCCAUGGCCUAAGGACCCCAAGCUCAAGGAAAUUGGUCGCUACCAGCAAUUGCAUAUGUUCGAAGGCAUGACAUCGUACAGUUUGAAGCUAUACACCAGUGUCCUAAAAUGGAAAAGGGAAGACAUCGAAGCGCUACUCUCUGAGGUGCAAAAGAUCCUCAAGGACCGCACGAUUCAUAUAUACACUAUGGUCCAUUUUAUUUACGGCCAAAAACCUCUGGAUGCGAAAGAUUAGACUGAAUUUCUACGUAUAUAUUUUUCCUUGUACAUGGCCGGGAACGGCUGGAUUUGAUUUUGCAAAAGAAUUUUGUUCCUCCUGUCUUUGUUUAUUUUAGUUUUUAUUUUUAAUUGUAUAUAUUGACUUUUUUACUACACCUUUUUUUAUUUUUGAAGUUUUGGCCGUUUUUAAAUAUCAAUUGAUCUACACAUUUGCUACCUGCAACUCAACAACGGGCCAAAAUUCAAGUCUCAUGAAAUCCCAUUAGUUAUCUACAGGUUUCUUU